GGCAUUACGUAGGUACGUUGUGUGUGCGUACGGUGGUGUUUUUGGUUAAAGGUUAGCUUACAGUGGUCAGCACUGCGCUAAACGUGGAAUUAUUUGUUAAGUUGGAUGUGUUAAAACCUUUUUGUCAGGUUAACAAAUUGCUUUCCUUUUCGAUUCCGUCGUUGUUUUUGGUAAGCGACUUGCUUUUAGCUUUUAAGCUAGCAGGUUAACAGGGUCCACAAUGGAGGGUAGUGCUAGUGUGAGGAAAGCGUUGUCCGGGACUCUAGUACCUUCAGCGGUCACAACAGUUGCCCUCCGUCAACCCGAGGAGAAUGAGAAUGAGAAGGAAAAGUUGAAAAGAAACGUCCUUGACGAAGAGGAGUAUAUCGAGAGCUUGGAAAAAAUCAUACAGAGGGACUUUUUUCCAGAUGUAACAAAACUGCAAGCACAAAAGGACUAUCUUGAAGCAGAGGAAAAUGGAGACCUUGAGAGAAUGAGAGAGAUAUCCAUACGAUAUGGAUCAUCUUUGAAAUCUACACCACACUCUUCAGCACCUUAUGUGACUCCAGCUAGCUUUGAAACACCAGUGGGCCAUUCUGGAUCACCAUCCUCUACUUAUUCUUGUAAAGGUUCAGAUGUAGAGAAAAAGGACGAUGACGAAGAAAAAAAGCUGCCCAGUUUGGACCGCUUCCUCGCUAAAAAUACUAGUGAGGACAAUGCGUCAUUUGAACAGAUAAUGGACCUGGCAGAAGACAAGGAGAAGCUGAGGCAUGCUUGGUUAUAUGAAGCUGAGGCUGAAUUUAAACAGCGCCACGAGGAGAACCUUGCCUUACCGCCAGCAGAGAAGGCUGCUCUUGAAUGUGUCAAAGCUGGACUGGAGACAUGGGAGUACAAAGCAAAGAAUGCCUUGAUGUAUUAUCCAGAGGGUGUAAAAGAUGAUGAUUCUGUCUUUAAGAAGCCAAGAGAGGUAGUUCACAAGAAUACUCGCUUUUCUGGAGAUCCAUUCAGCAAAGCGCUCAACAAAAGUCAGAUUCAGCAGGCGGCAGCCCUUAAUGCACAGUUUAAACAGGGUAAAGUGGGCCCUGAUGGGAAAGAACUUAUUCCCCACGAAUCCCCAACAGUGAAUGGAUAUGGGUUUGAAAGGACUCCUUCCCCUGCACCUGGUGUGUGUGAGUCACCUCUGAUGACCUGGGGUGAGAUUGAGAGCACCCCAUUUCGUUUGGACGGAUCAGACACUCCAUAUGUUGAAAGAAACCAUGGACCAUCAUUUAAGAUUCCUGAACCAGGAAGACGAGAGAGACUGGGUUUGAAGAUGGCCAAUGAAGCUGCUGCCAAAAACCGUGCAAAGAAGCAGGAGGCAUUACGAAAAGUCACCGAGAACCUUGCAAGUCUUACACCUAAAGGUCUGAGCCCAGCCCUCACACCUGCCCUGCAGCGGCUCGUAAAUCGGACAUCUAGCAAAUACACGGACAAAGCCCUUCGAGCAAGUUACACCCCUUCACCCUCACACAGAAUCAUUGGUUGCAAGUCUCCAUUCGCUGGCCCAGCCACUCCUUCAGGAACACCAACGCCCAACAAAGCCAAGACACCGAGCUCUCAGGACCUUACAUCACUCACAGACAACCUCCUGCAGCUUCCCAAGAGACGGAAAGCCUCAGACUUUUUUUGAAAGAAAUUGCUCUCUGCUCAAAUUGUUUAAAAAAAAAAAAACUUGGCCAUACAUUUUCAGAACCAGUUUUGUCAGUUAAAGACCUUUUGUUUUUGCUGGAAAAAGGUAUAAAAAAUGUGGACUGAAGAAUUUAUAAGGAUGAAUUUGUUCCAUUUUAGUACAGAUAUGUUAAUUUAAAUCACUGUGAAAUGCAUCUUGGUGUCCAAAGUCUUUGUUCUAUAUUUUUAUUUUUUAUUCCCUGUAUAGUUUAAGUCAUAAACAAGACCUUUGAAUGAAACUAA